AUGCGUUUUCCAUACGUUGAAGACCCACCAACGGUCCAGUCUGAGGAAGAGAAAGCCAUCGUAGACCGGGUUAGGCAGCGACGGGGUAGUGCUGGACUUUUAGAGCUCGAUCGCGCCUUGCUUCAUGCGCCGCCUGUAGCCGAUGGCUGGAACUCGUUUCUUGGAGCCAUCAGGACUGGGACAUCCAUCUCCUCGUCCAUCCGCGAGCUGGCGAUAUGUCGUGUUGCUGUACUCAACAAGGCGUGGUACGAAUGGGAACACCACGCCCCCCUACUUCAAGCUUGCACAGGUAUUGGCCCUGAACAUAUUGAUGCAGUGAGGAAGACACCAGCAAAGCAAUUUGCGGAUGUCUUCAAUGAGCCCCACUCAGCUGUAAUGACGUACACAGACGCCAUGACACUGGACGUUAGCAUUCCAGACGACAUUUUUGAGAGGUUGAAGAAAAUCUUCUCGAACAAGGAGAUUGUGGAGAUUACAGCAACCAUUUCUGCAUAUAACUGCGUCAGCCGAUUCCUGGUGGCUUUGGACGUCGGAGAAAGAAAUGAGCAACGCGGACCAAACGAUCACUAG